CGGAAAGCAGCUACGCAGGCGCCACCAAAAUGGGCGACUCUGAGGAUGAAUUUCGGUGGCGGGAUCCGCUGGGGCGGCGGCGGGGGGAAGCGGCGCGCGGGAUAGGCACAGGCGCUGCUCCCGCCGCCGCCCCGUCCCCCGUCCCCCCAGAGCGCGGACUGAAGCGAGGCGGUGCCCCUCGGCUGCCCGGGAGGAAGAGGCGGCGGGAGGCGGACGGAGAGCCGCUGGUGGUUCCGGCCAAGUCCCGCUCGGAGGCCGGGCCAGGCGGGAGGCGGCCCAGGGCUGAGACGAAGGGCCACGGGAGGCCGCCGCCCCCGCUGCUGCUUCAAGGGCCGGAGGACGCCAGCCGCGGACUCGAGGCCCGGGCGGCCCUACUGCUUUUGGAGGCCCCGGCCGCGCCCCGCACGCCCCCGCUGCCCACCAGCCGCUGGAAAGGGGCCCCGGCUAAUGCGAGGCCGGGCUGGCUGUGGGAGCUGAGCUCGUUGACGGGCACCCCGGCCGUAGCUCCUUGGGAGGCCGAUCAGGUGCGUGGCUGCGGCGAAGCGUCGGGCUCUUCUCCGGGGUCCUCCCUUCCCCUUGGGGGCAGCUGAGCCGUCGCUCUUUUGCGGCGUUUCUGUCCCCGGAGCAUCCCGAGGCCGAGUUCGCCUUCAAUCCAAAGGACAGCAUCACUGCUCCCACUGAGAGCAAUGUUCUUCACAUUAUAGGUGAGUUAGAAAUACACACAGUAAUCAUGUGUCAAUAUGUCACCUCUUGUGUGUGGCCCGGGCCACACAUGAAUUUACUAGGCUUAUAUACUGUUUGUUGUCCAGCCGCAUGCCUUUCUGAAUAAUUAUAUUUAAAAAUAUUACAUUAAAAAUCAACAUAACACAAACACACACGUACACAAACAUAGAGAUACACACGCACAUAUAUAUAACUCACACACAUAUAGUAUACUUAAGCCUAAACUGUGCAUAGGGACUACCCAGACGGCUGAAAAAAGUGAUUUCUGACAGGUUCUCACACUUUUGACCAGUCCUCACACUUAUGACCGGUCAUCAUUUAUGCCUGUUGCAGCAUUUUGUGCAUAAGGACUACUCAGAGGGCUGAAAAAGUUAUUUUUGACCUGUCCUCACACUUUUGACUGGUCCUCACACCUACAACUAUCUUUACAUUUUGCACCCUAUCUUGUAACCGUGGUGAAGAGAAGCAGUUGUGAAAUGAGUGAUAUGGUUGUUAAAAAUGCUGCAAUGGGCAUAAAUGUGAGGAUGGUCAUAAGUGUGAGGACUGGUCAAAAAUUACUUUUUUUAGCCCUCUGAGUAGUUUCUAUGCCCAUAGCCACAUCCACUCAGUCACAUGAGCAGUUAGCCAUGCCCACCAGUCACAUGACCACCAAGCCACACCC